AGAGCAGGAGGAGGAGGAGUGUGCGCGUAGAGGGAGGCGGGGGGGGGAAGGAAACCCUCAUGGAAGUAUGAAGGAGAUGGUGGGAGGCUGCUGUGUCUGUUCUGAUGAGCGGGGCUGGGCGGAGAACCCGCUGGUGUACUGCGACGGGCACGGCUGCAAUGUGGCGGUGCACCAAGCUUGUUAUGGAAUUGUCCAGGUCCCCACCGGCCCCUGGUUCUGUCGGAAAUGUGAAUCCCAAGAAAGAGCCGCCCGGGUGAGGUGUGAGCUGUGUCCCCACAAAGAUGGAGCCCUGAAACGCACGGACAACGGGGGCUGGGCCCACGUGGUGUGUGCCCUGUACAUCCCAGAGGUGCAGUUUGCCAACGUGCUCACCAUGGAGCCCAUCGUCCUGCAGUACGUCCCCCACGACCGCUUCAACAAGACCUGCUACAUCUGUGAGGAGCAGGGCAGGGAGAGCAAAGCUGCCUCUGGAGCCUGCAUGGCCUGCAACCGGCACGGCUGCCGGCAGGCAUUCCAUGUCACCUGUGCACAGAUGGCUGGGCUCCUGUGUGAAGAGGAAGUCCUAGAAGUCGACAAUGUCAAAUAUUGUGGCUACUGCAAGUACCACUUCAAUAAAAUGAAGACCUCACGGCACUCUGGAAGCAGCUCCUUCAUCGCUGGGAGGAGGAGCCGCUCCACGUCCCCCACCCAGGAGAAACACGUGUCCCACCACGACAGGCCAAAGAAGAGUCGGAAGGACAAAGAGAGACCUAAACAGAAGCACAAAAAGCGGCCGGAGUCUCCUCCCAGCAGCCUCCCCCCGGCCCCGGUGCCCGUCACCACCGACAAGGGCUCCACCAGCCACCAUGAGGGGAGCAAGGAGACCUCAGAGGUCGGCAGGUCGGAGGUGAAAGGCAGGAAGUCCUCGAGCCAUGGCAGCAGCCACAAGGGGAAGAAGACGGGAAGCGGGAAAAGCUCCGUUGGCUUCAGCUCGACUUCAUCCAGCGGGACCUUCCAGCCUGCAGGUACCUCCUGCAGCAGCUUGCAGUGCUCCCAGGACUUUGUGACCUUCCCCAAGCUCGAGCAGGACGACGAGAAGUACCGGAAACCUGUGUCCUCCUCGUCCUCCUCCCACUGCUCCCCCCUGUACGAGGGCCAGAAGGGCGACGUCUUCGAGCAGAAGGUGAUUUUCUCUGGCUUUGGGUCCAUCAUGCGCUUCUCCACCUCGGCUGUGAGCCAGCAGAGAGCCCGGGAUGCCUCCCCCGUGGACUACAAAGCCUCAAAUCCCACCAGUGGCCCCUCAGUGGGGACCAGUGGGACCAGUGGGAGCAGCAGCAGCAGCAGCAGCCACAAGCGGAUGCCAUCGCUCAGCCUGGAGGAGGGAGAGGUGCUGAAGGAAAAGAAGCACAAGGGUAGCAAGAAGAACAAGCACGGGCCCGGCAGGCCAAAGGGGGGGAAAAGCAAAGAGAUUUUGGGGGCCCAGCUGGCUGGGUCCACCUCCACGUCCUCGUCACCCUUCUCCGGGGGCUCCCUCGUGAGCUCCAGCGUCGGCAACUCCUCCCGCUCCUUCAGCCACACCGGGAACCUGCCCAGCCUCAGCAUGGAGUCCCCGCUGCUGGGCUCAGGGAUCUACACCAGUAACAAGGACCCCAUUUCCCACGGGGGUGGGGUGCUCAGGGCUGUGUGCAGCACCCCCCUCUCCUCCAGCCUCCUGGCACACCAGGGCACCUCGUCCCUCCCGCAGCUCAACCGCUCCCCCUUCGCCAGCACCAUCCCAGCCUCCUCCUCCUCCUCCGUGUCCACCACGCAGGUGUUCUCACUGGCAGGUUCAACGUUCAGCCUCCCUUCCUCACAUAUCUUUGGAAGCCCCCUCACCUCUGGGCUGUCGAUCAACCCCCUCCUGAACCAGUCGGAAAGCAGCCGGGCAGAGCCGGACCUGGAGGAUUGCAGCUUCGGCUGCCGAGGGACGUCGCCGCAGGAGAGUCUCUCUUCCAUGUCCCCCAUCAGCAGCCUCCCGACCCUGUUCGACCAGACCGUGUCCUGCAGCAGCAGUGGGCAGCUGGAGAAUGUUCCCCAGGCCACCCCCAACAUCGAGCAGCUCCUGGAGAAGCAGGGCAACGGGGAGGCCGGAGUGAACAUUGUAGAAAUGCUCAAGGCCCUGCACUCGCUGCAGAAGGAGAACCAGCGGCUGCAGGAGCAGAUCAUGACUCUGACGGCCAAGAAGGAGCGUUUGCAGCUCCUCAACGUCCAGCUCUCCGUCCCCUUCCCCGUGGUGACCAGCAGCAAUGGCCCAGGCAGCCAGGCCCAGUACAUCCUGCCUGCCAACGUCUGCAACAACGAUUCCCUGAGCAUCAGCAAGAGCCCCCCGUGCAAGAACAGCUUUGGGAUUGAGAACUCCCUCUCCACUUCCUCUGAGGACCCUCACUCAGGGUGUCCCAGCAGGAGCAGCUCCUCCCUGUCCUUCCACAGCACCCCUCCGCCCCUGCCCAUGCUGCAGCAGAGUCCUGCCUCGCUACCCCUGCCCGGGGUGCAGCAGGUGAAUGGCCUGGCCCGCGUGGCCGGCGGCGGGCUGGGGGGAGGCACCAGUGCCAGCCACAGCCUCUCCACGGUGCCCAUGGUGGACGGCCUGAUGGGGACCCUGGCAGGAGGCCAGCAGAUGCCCAUCAACGGGAUCCUGGGGAACCUGAACGGAGCCCAGGCCGCCCAGCCCGCCAGCGCGCCGACGCAGGGACCGGGCGGGCCCCCGGCCCUGCAGCUCUCCACCAGCCUGAGCAGCAUUCCCAGCCUGAGUCCCCUGACGGAGCAGCAGCGGCACGUCCUGCACCAGCACGAGCAGCAGCUCCAGCAGCUCCAGCAGCUCCUGACUUCCCAGCCGCUUAAUCCGGAGCAGCAGGCCCUGGUGUUCCAGAUGAUGCAGCAGAUCCAGCAGAAGCGGGAGCUGCAGCGGCUGCAGAUGAGCAGCUCGUCCCAGCUGUCCAUGAGCUCCCUCCUGGCCGCCACCUCGGCCCCCGCCCUGAUGACCUCGGCCCCCCAACCACCCCCCAGCACCAGCUCCCUCCUGGCCUCCCUGUCCCCGCAGCAGCUCAACCCUAGCAAUGCCCUCCUGGCCCCCCAGGCCACCCCACCGCUCAGCACUCCUGGGAACAGCCUCCUGGCCUCGGGAACGGGCCUCCCACCCGUCCUGACAGCACAGCCCAACCCCUUCCUCAACCUGCAGGCUGAUGGCAACACCCCGAAAGGAACGAACAUGAAUGAAAAGGGAGCUCCUCUUACCCAGGACAAGGGCUAAGCUCCCCCCCUGACCCCGAAAAAACCAGCAGCCAACUCCUCUGCCCAGGGGAAUGUGGCUUUUCCACAGCCAACCUUGACACUGUUAGAGCAAUGAGCACAAGGCUUCCGAGGAGCGUUCCCUGCGCUGGGCGAUGCCAAGAGGUGCUUUUGGGAAGACAGAACGUCUGUGGCCAAGCCCUGGUGUCGUGAGGAGUGAAGGUGGGGGGGGAUUUCCCUGCCAACCUGCUCCCCGUGGAGGAGGGAUUUCCAGGAAUUCCACCAGAUCCUGCCCGACCUCCUCCCCGCCGGGGGUGGUCACCUGUGUGUGUAACCCCCAGGAUGAGCUUCCCGGGCAUUCCUGGGGGUGGGAGCCCCCCUGUGCCGAGCCCAAGGAACCUGGCAGUGCCCACGGAGGCAGCACUGGAUGUGACAGCGCCAGGAAGGGGCGUGGUGGCUGUGCCCAGGUGGGGACGUUGGGAAGAAUUCCUGGAGCUGAGAUUUCUCACCCACUGGGCUCUUCCCUGUGUAGCCCCGACGGCUCAGCUGGAGCCAAAUCCAGCCUGGAAAGACACAAGUGGGAGUAAUGGAUGAGGAGUGGAGCUGGGAACAGGGUGAAGGCCACCUGCUCCUUGGAAGGACGUUGCCAUGCCUGCCCUGCCAGCUGCUGUGGGGUCGGUGCUGCCCUCACCUGAAAAGCACAUUCCUGCUCUGGGCCGCCUCUUCCCUUCCAGGAUUCCCAGAGGAUAACACUGCAGUGUGCAAAAGGGGCUGGAGCUGGGAUUUAUCCAAUGCCAGAAGGUGCAUUUGAGCCUGGAGGUGGAUUCCUGGACCUGAGCUCGGAGAUCAAAAUGUGUUUGGGGAAGAGAGUCCCAAAUCCCAUCCCUGUUCUUUCCUACCCACCACAGAUCACUCCAGUCUGGCAAAACCCCUGUUCUUCCACUGGUCCUGGGAAAAGGGGAUCUCCAAGGAAUGGGACAGUGACCAGGAUCCUGAGCCGGGACAUCGGA